AUGAUGAUGGUUGUGGAGAAGGAUAAGAAACCAGAGGAAGAGAAAUGGGAGGAGGAGGAGGAGGAGGAGGGAAGGGAGGAGAAAAGAAAGGGCUCAGGCAAAUGGAAGAGUAAACAACAGAACAAACACCCUCCAGAAGAAGCACUUAACGCUUCCUUUUGCUGUCACAUUCAAUUUUUGGGCACUCAGUCCCCGCAACUGAAUACGACAAUAUCUACAAGUUCUGAAACCCUAUUAUUGCAACAUCUGUUUCUUUAUGCGUUAAAGAUACCGGAGUACUUUCGUUUCGUUGUGGAAACCACACUGCGCGAGUUCUUUCUCGCCCUCUCCACCGGAAAGGACGUAGAACAGUCCUGGAAGAAACCAAUUUACAAAAUAAUUGCCCGUAUGGAUCAGCCCGUGCCAGAGUACUUCAAGAAUCCCAGCUGGAUGGCACAACUGGCAGAUGGCUAG